GGCAUCAACCUCUCAGGUGGGCAGAGACAGAGGGUGAGUCUGGCUCGAGCUCUGUACAGCGAUGCUGAUGUCUACCUCCUGGACGACCCGCUGUCAGCUGUGGACGCCCACGUUGCCAAACACAUCUUCGACAACCUCAUCGGUCCAGAGGGAGCGCUAAAGGGCAAGACCCGUAUCCUAGUGACACACGGCAUCAGCUUCCUGCCUCAGGUGGACAAUAUUAUGGUGAUGGUGGAGGGCAGGGUGUCGGAGAUGGGCUCCUACCAGGAGCUGCUCAAACAGAACGGAGCCUUCGCAGAGUUUCUCAGGAACUACGCCCUGGAGGACAUCGUAGAGGAGGAAGAGGCCACAGAGGAGUUAAUCGAAGAUGAGGAACUGUUCCCUGACGAUGCCCUCAGCAACCACACAGACAUGGUGGAUAAUGAGCCCAUGAUCAAUGAAGCCAAGAGAAAUUUCAUGAG